UAAACAGUACCGGUAGCAUAACAUAUCAAUUAUAGAGGUGGUUUGUGAAAUUAUAAAUAAAGUAAUAGUAAAAUCUUAUUAGAACAUACACCGAUGAUUUUGUCGUAGAGUUAUUUUUAAACAUCGUUUCGACUCAUGUCUGGGUAACAUGCUAUUAUUAUCUUGAACUACUAUCGGCUGCUCAUCUUCAGCUAUCAUUACUUUUUAAUUGUUAAAUUCGUUUUUCGUCUUAUUGACUACAAGUAGAAUUAAAAAAAUAAUGGAUGCUGAAUCAUUCCUUGAGUUUGCUAGUCAAGUAACAAAAUGGAAAAUGUAUCCUUAUUUUGAUAUUGCACACAGUGCAUUGUGUGCCCUUCACGUACGUGAUGAUCUUGGACCAGGAGCUUUAACGUUUUCACGUAAACAUCCUAUUUCUUGUUGGUUAUCGACAAUGCUUGUUGUAUUUGCUGGUGGCAUGUUAAGUGCAGCGUUGCUUGGGGAACCUCCAUUAGAACCAUUAAAAAAUACUCAACAGUUAUUAAUCGCCACAGCAGUUUGGUAUUUAGUAUUUUACACUCCAUUUGACAUUGGAUAUAGUUUAACCAAAUUUCUUCCUGUGAAAUUAGUUUUUUCAGUUAUGAAAGAAAUUUACCGCUGUAAAAAAGUACACGAUGGAGUGUUGCAUGCUGCUAAACUGUAUCCCAAUGCUUAUAUUAUAAUGAUUAUUAUUGGAACUUUAAAAGGAAAUGGGGCAUCUUUUACAAAACUUAUUGAAAGAUUACUACGUGGAGUAUGGACACCUACUUCAAUUGAAACUUUGCAACCUAGUUUUACUACAAAAGCAUGUAUUAUUGCAUCUGUUGUCUUUGUACUUGAUAUUAAAAGUGAUUUGAUAUCCGCUCCACAUGCAUUUGUAUAUGUAUUUGUUAUUGGUUUUUUUAUUUACUUUAAGGUAUUUUCUUCUAUGAUUCUUGGUAUUAAUGAACCAAUGAUGCCAUUUGAAAAUUUAAUAUGUGCAAUAUUUUUUGGAGGCAUAUUUGAUUAUUGUACAAAGGCUAUCAAAGGUAACAAAGAUGAUAAAAUAGAUUCAAAGAAGAAGGAUUAAUUUCAAGCACAUAUUCUGUUUUAAUAAUUUAUUAUUUAUUUAUACACAUUGUCAUUUAAUAUAAAUGUUCUAGUCAUUAUAAUAAUAUUCCAAAACAAGAUUUAUGAAUAUAUUUAAAAUGUAAAUAAUGAUAUUACUAGAAUUUAAUGACAAUAAUAAUUGAAUUAUUAGUAACAAAAAUUUUCUUAAAUGUUUAAACUUUAUUAAUAUAUUCUUUAUAUAUUUAAAUAUACUGAAAAUAAAUAUAAUGUGGAAGUAAUUUUCAUAGGGUAAUAAAUUUAUUUAUUUUUAUUAAAGUAUGAAGCAUUUUGAGACAAAAAAGUAUUAAAUUAAAAGAAUAAUUGAGGGGUUGAGCGCAACAGUUGCCUAUGCCACCAAACAAUUGAUGUGUGUAAUACAUCUUAUUAAAUUCUACAUUCUUAAGUAUAUAAAAUUUAUUAUUACAACAACAUAAAUAGUGUUGCUAUAUAGUGUAAAAUUAAAAAAACAAAAAUAGGCUGUUUCAUUACAAUAUUUUUAAUUCUAAACAAAAUUAUCUCAUCAACUCAGUUUUUAACAUUAUGAGGGUUAGACCACUGUUGCGCUCAAUCUCUCAACUAGGAAAAGAUGUAUCAUAGUGAAUUGUACAUUUUAUUUUUAUUUGAUUAAAAUAUUUUGUAUAAUUUAUGAGUUAUAAUAAAACUUAUAUAUCCGUAUGGAUUG